CUCAGCUUCUGGGCUAAAUCGAAGUAAUAUUUUGUAGUUUACAGCGACAGACAAUUUCUUUCAAGCUUUUCAUCAAACAAGAACUCUGCAGAAAAACAUGCCACCUAGAAAUCAGGCUGCCAUAAACAGCAUUCUUGAUGGCUCUGUGCCUCAGCAGCAAGCUUGCUAUGAAGGGGAAGGCUUGGUUCAUGUGCUGAAAUCAAUCCAAAGAAGGAUGGAGUCAGAAAGAGUAUUGGCUGGAAAGUCCUUGCCUGAAAAAGUAUGGCUUAAGCAAUUUGCAAUUCGUGUUAAUGAUGUGACUCGUUUACUUGAACGGAUGGCACCUGUUGCUGACAACGGAAUCUGUGCCCAAUCUCCUUUCGUUAGGCUUCAACUUGUAGGCUUUUUUGUUAGCAGCUGGUUGCAAUCCAAAGUGGCUAACGAAGCACCUGCCAGUUUUGGCUUCAUCAAGGAAGGUACCAUUGAUCAUUGUUGAAGAUGAUAAAAAGGGGUCUUUAACAUUGGGUGAGCUUGUAAAGCUAAAAACAGCCAUUGCGAUUGUUGUAAAGGCUCAAGGAAAUGCUAUCAAUAAAAAAAAAUGGAGGAAAUUGUUGAUGGUGAUGAAGUGAAUCGAGCAGCAUUUCUUGCAGUCCAAUGAAAUAUGCCUUGGCAGACCAUGUUCGAUGACCUGCCAGUUACUUGCGCACAGAACAGUAGGAAACCAAUGACUGAACUUAAACCGGUAGCUUACUACUUUGUGAGGUUGAAAAUGCUUAGUUUGUAAAUCGUGAGAGCUCAUUGUUUUUUCUCUCUUAGAUUUUAAGAGGCCAGGUGUCAUGAGCCAACUUUGUAUAGGGUCAUGAGCGAGCUUAGGUUGUCAUGAGCCACCCAUGUAUAGGGCCAUGACCGGGUAGAGUUGCCAAGGGGGGAGGGUAGAUCUUUUGUGCUAAGAAAAAUGUUUCCAUUUCAAACAUUGUAACGGUUAGUGGUAGUAUAGCUCUAAAAUCUCAUUUGCUCUUUAGAGGGGGUGAGUAGUCGGCGUAUUGUUGGGCUACCUCGCUGGUUAAGAUAUGUGCUAGGUCACCCGUUAAGGGCUGCCCCUCUAGCCCCGACAAUGGUGGAAGUUUCGAUGUACUAUUCUCGAUAUUAAUAAAACAUUUCUUCUAUUUGAAAGUCCCGAGUGUUGUCUCGAUGUGUUUUCCUUUCUCUCAAUAUGAAUGUGCCUACUUGUGUAUGCUUGAGAUUAACUUAUGGCUUGUUGUUGCCUGUUCAGAUAUCGAGCUAUCCUUGGUUGACUUGGGUGGAAGCAUCCAUUCAUGUGCCACACGAUCUAUCGCUUCAUUGAGAGAGAGCUUAGCCCGUGACACGUGGUAUCAGAGCACGGUUGAGAAGUGCUAGAGAAUUGAUGAAAUGGCCACGAGUGAUGGACCCAAUUAUCAAC